AUGAAAUUUGCUGAAAUUAAAACUAUACGAACCAAAUCAGAUGAAAUCAUAAGCUGGUAUUGCUAUAGAAGCAAAAUUGGAGAAAAUAAGAUUAUGCAAAUCAAAUCGUAUAGUGCAAAUAAACUCUCAAAGUUAACUGACAUGCAAAUCGAUAUUAUUAAAACAACACUGCGUGAAAAAAAUUUACGCACUCACGUGACUUCAGAAAUGAUCACUAGCGAUGCAACUGCACCUGCCAAAUCUAAAUUUCGGGUCAGGAUUCAGGAAUCGGAAAAAUAUAUGCAUUUCCAAAACUCUAUUUUGUAUAUACCGAAACUAACAGAGUUGUGGGAAGUUUCAGUUUCGUUACCCAUGUUUAAUAAUGACAGAUAUGAAUUUAAGAGUUCAGGCUUAUGUCCUGGAUGUGAAAAAGAGCAUGAUAAAGGAAAGGUAGUUGGCCGAGAUAUAAAGGGCUCUUACUACAUUAAGUGCCGGUCCUUAUUGAAUGAAAAAGAAAUCAAGAUAAAUGCUUCAUCGGAAAUGAUUUCAUCAGACAUGUCUCAAGCAAAUAUAUCAAAGAUGCGAGCCCAAUCUAAGCCAACUUAUGACCGCACCUAUUUUCACAACAAAAUAUUGGAUCAAUAUCCUAAUCUAUAUAGAGAAGGUAGUAGUGAAAAUUUCGAUUAUUAUGGGAUUACUGAUGAGAUAUCAUGCGGAGUCUCAAGAGAGACUAUCUGCCCAUUAUGCAAUUUAGGUCAUGAUGAUGAAGAAAUAGAAGGCAUACAUCCAGUCGCCAAUAGGCAUCCCUAUUGUAGUUUGAUAGGAUGCCGAUUGGAGAAUAUUGUACCACAUUCAGCUUUGCCGAUUGUGGCCGGAUACUGA